AUGAUGUUCCUCUCGACUUCUGCGCUGCUUUCUUUGCCUCUACUGGCCCCUCACGUCUUAGCUGGUCAUGCAGGCCAAGUCUCGGACCCGUCAGCGUACCAGAGAGCCAGGUUCCGAUGGUGGUGGCCCGGAGGUUGGAUCGAGCCAGACCAAGUCGCGGCCGAAAUCACCAGCAUUGCGGAUGCUGGCUUCGGCGGCGGCGAGAUCGGCGAUGUCAGAGACAGCGUGAAGGGAGCAAUGGACCCCGCCGUGUACGGAUGGGGCGAGGAGAGGUGGAACGACGGCGUGUUGAAUGCUUAUGAGCACGCCGCCAAACUUGGAGUUCAUGUCGACAUGACCUUGGGGCCCCACUGGCCGACCGGCUUCCCGGGAUACACCCCGGACUCCCCUGAGACGAUGAAGGAACUCGUCCAUGGACAGGUCUUUGUGCAAGCAGGAGAAACAUUUUCGGGGGCCCUGCCUCUACCUGUUGCGGCACCAUCCGGAAACCAGACUGGCAAUCUGGUGAACGCUACCCCGAAGCUUGUUGCGCUGUUAGCGGCCAAGACGACGACUGCGAAUGAGAGUGCGGCCGUUGGCGAGUUUGACCCAGAGACUGUGACUGUGAUUACGGAUUCUGUUGAUAAUGGAACUUUGACAUGGACAGCCCCAUCGGACGGAGCGUAUGUUGUGAUUGCCGCUUAUGCUCGUGGCACUGGCCAGAUUCAGAACAUGUACGACGGACAACCCGAUGGACCGAAGGUUUACUCGACCCCUGGAUAUAUCGUCGAUCACUUCAGUGAGGCUGGCAUGCAAGCCGGGGUGAAGUACUGGGAAGAGCACAUCCUCACACCAGAGCUAACUGCACUCCUCCGCGAAAACAAUGGAUCCAUCUUCGAAGACUCGCUCGAGCUCAAGUACAAGCAACUGUGGACCCUCAACUUCACCCAAGAGUUCCAGGCCCGACGAGGAUACGAUAUCUCGCCCUUCCUCUUGUACCUGCUCAAAGACACAACUACAUUCACCGGAGACAACUCCACCGCAACCAAAAUCACCAACGACUUUUACAAGACCAUCACCGACCUCUACGUGGACUACCGCUUGAAAGGCGUCACCGCCUGGGCCAACUCCCUCGGCCUGAAAUUCCGCGUCCAGCCCUACACCCUCAACUUCGACAGCGCCUACAUCGCAAGCCUCCUCGACAUCCCCGAAGGCGAAUCCCUCGGCUUCGACGGCGCGCCCGACUCCUUCCGCGUCCUCUCCACCGGCCGCGACAUCGGCGGCCGCACCACCAUCCUCUCCAACGAGAUCGGCGCCUACUUCGGCAAAGCGUACGGCGUCACCUAG